UCGUCAAAACAUGAAAAUACGACCCAAUAUCCUUGGAUAGCAGGUUAUUCUUGACCGGAAUGAGGAAAACCCGGAGCUCCGACCUCCAACAAACAAACAGACCCAUAUUGUCAUUCAGCUGCACUCCCGAAGCUUUUCCCAGUUUAUAGCUUUGCCCAGAAAAGCUCAUCAAACUGGUCCAUUUCUGAAAGAGAUGAAGAAAAUCAACCUGUUUGUUUCAAUCCUUUUCUUUUUAUACCUUCAACAAACACUCCAAGUCUCCUCCCUUACGCAGGCAAACCAGGAUUUUGAAAAAUCUGAAUAUUCAAGAACUCUUGAACAAGAGCAUGCUCAUGAAGUACAUUGUUCCAGAGAAAGAAGUAGGGCAGCAUGGCAAAUUAUUGAGAAGUAUUUGAUGCCAGUUGUGGAACAAGAGCACUAUGAGAUUCCAAGUAACUGUCGACUUCAUCCUGACAAUGAUCUAUUUAGAGAUCAGGAAGUGCACAAGGUUCAGUUGGAUAUAAAUGAAUGGCAGUGUGGAUACUGUAAGAAAAGCUUCCGUGCUGAAAUGUUUCUUGAUCAACAUUUUGACAACAGACACUACAAUCUUCUGAAUAUAAGUGGAAGCAAGUGCUUAGCUGAUUUAUGCGGAGCUUUGCAUUGUGAUGCUGUUAUGAAUACCAAGUCAAGCAAAACCAAAUGCAAUCCUGCUGCUGUUGCAAGGAAUCACCACCUAUGUGAGGGUCUUGCCAAUAGCUGUUUUCCAAUCAAUCAAAGUCCUUCAGCACGCCGUCUUAAUGAGUUUUUCUUGCACCAAUUUUGUCACGCUCAUACUUGCUUGGGGAAACGGAAACUUUUUCCUAGAGGAGGAAAGAAGCAUUCAAGUGUAUUCUACAUGGCUAUCUCCAUACUGACUUUGAUGCUUCUCCCUAUUUUCUAUCUGAUAGUUUAUUUGCACCAAAGUGAGAUGAGGAAAGGAACCCAAGAGCUUAGGCGCAUCUCGAGAGUUGGGCAGAAAACAAAACCCUCGUAGUAGCUGGUAUUUUAUAUACAAGUUCAUUUAUAGACGGCACUUGAAGCUGUUGCAAUGAACAGGUCAAGGAUUUCAGGCGCAAACGUGUGAGACGUCACACAGAGGAGUAUGUUGCACACAAAUGAUGCAAGAACGCCAAAUUCUAGACCAUCAUCUUAGAACUUGCUCCAGACGCGACGUAUCAUUCCAUUAAUCAAAGGCUCUGGUGGAUGAUGAAAGUAGAAUUAGGUGCAAACAAUGUAUUUCUUCGAUAAACCUGUGUUAUUUAUCGUCGAAAGUUUGUUGUGAUUCAUCGUCAAACUUGUCAUUCGGCCUCUGUGUGCGAUGGUCCGUGUAACAUUGAUUUUCUAACAAACAAAGAUUUUCUUAAUUUAUAAGAGAACAAGUACUUCGCUUCU